UGGACCCGUCUUGGAGAGUGGGGCGGCCCCCGUGCAUGCCCCCUGGAGGCCCCCAGCAUCGCGUCUCUCGCUCGUUCGGCUACCUCGACUCUCCCUGAGUGUGGGCGGCUGUAUGGUUGGCUUGUGAAGCUGACCGACAUGCUCGAGACACCCAGCACAGACGACAGGCGUCUGACUGUUCUCCCGCCUGGAAGGCGGUACCCUGGACAUUGGACGUCUCGCGUGUCGAAUAUGUUUGUCAUGGCGCUGCUGCUGGCGCGGGCGGCCCUGCGCGCGUCGCUGCUGCCCGUGCCCGCCGAGAAAUGGAGGCGAAGCCCCAGCGCGCUGCGAAACUUGCCUGCGUAG